AUGCGUCUACCACAAGCAAUCAUCUUUCUCCUCACCCUGUUCACCACCGUCCACGCCUUCACGCUACCGUCGCUAGACGACUUCACAUCACCGGCGAACGAACUCUUCAAGCGUAAAGGUGGUGGCGGUGGACGAGGAGGCGGAUCAUCCUCGUCAGGCGGAUCAUCCUCAUCGGGCGGAUCAUCCUCAUCUGGUGGUUCCUCAUCAGGAGGCAGCUCGUCCGGCGGGUCGCGCGGAGGUUCCAGCGGCGGAAGCACCGGCAGCAGUGGCGGCAGCACCGGCGGCGGCAGCGGCGUCCGAGGACCCAGCUACGGCGGCGGAGCGUACUACGGCGGCGGUGCCAGAACCCCAUACCGCGCAGGCUCUCCUUCCUCCGGCCGCGGCGUCCCCGCCGGCCUCCUCGUCGGCGGAACCGCGGCGCUCUUCAUCCUCCCCGGAAUCUGGGCCUACAGCGUCUACAACUACCCGUACAGCCGACCGUGGUCGUACUACAACCAGACCGCGAACCGCAACGAGACCAACCCGGUCCAGUGCCUCUGUGAGCAGUACUCGGACUGCGGCUGCGACGAGGACAACACCGACCAGGACUACAUCAACGCCGUCGCGAACAACGGCAGCAUUGCCCGCGUCGGCGACAUCAACGGCACCCAGACGCUCGUCAUCAACGGCACGAUCCCCAACGACACCGACUCCAGCUCGGCGUCGGGCAGCUCGGCGUCGGGCAGCCCGACCCAGUUCAACGCCGGCCUUCGCCUGCCUGUCGGCGGCGCUGGCGGAUGGGCGCUCGUCGCGGGUGCCAUCGCGUCUGCUCUGUGGGUGUUGUAG